AUGAAUUCUCAGGGCAGAAUUUUGAUGUUCUUCACAAUUUUCUUGUCCUUAAUCAUCUUCCAAUCCCUUUCUCCAGCAAAGGCACAAAUUACCCUAGAUCCAUCUCCAUCUCCUGCACCUGAUCUUUAUUAUCCAGAUGCUAGUGACAAUCCUUCUCCAUUAUGCAAAACUAUUUGUGACAAAACCAGCAACCCUAGUUUCUGCAUGAAAACCCUCAUGUCCGAUAAACGAACUUCGCAAGCAAAAGAUGUUCUAUCCCUUGCAAAGAUCGCUCUAGAUUUAGGUUCUAAGGAUUCGACGCGUACCCGAGAUCAAAUUAAUAGCUUGAUCAGAGGUGCAAAAGAGCCGUUCAAGGCAGCUUUGAAAGAAUGCGUAAAUCAGUAUAGUUCGACAGCAGGUUGUUUCAGGAGUGCAUUAGCUGAAGUUGAACAAGGAGAUUAUAAAACAGCUAAUUAUGAUGUAUCAGUGAUUACUGAUAAUACUGGUUUAUGUAUGACAGCAAUGGCUAAAGCAAAAGCUCGUAUUGCUUCUGUUUCUAAAGCGAUUCAAGAUACUGAGUGUUUUAGUAAUAUUGGAGUUGUUGUUACUGAAAUUCUUGACAAGUGA